AUGUGUUCUUUUUUUAUUUCUUUGUCUAUAUGCCCCUUCUUUCUUUCUUUCUUUCUUUCUUUCUUUCUUUCUAUUUUCUUUCUUUCUUUUUAUAUUCUUCUCAUAUCUAUCUAUCUCAGACUGUUCAUAUUAUCUAUCUAUCUAUCUAUCUAUCUAUCUAUCUCAGACUAUUUAUAUUAUCUAUCUAUCUAUCUAUCUAUCUAUCUCAGACUGUUCAUAUCUAUCUAUCUAUCUAUCUAUCUAUCUAUCUAUCUAUCUAUCUAUCUAUCUAUCUAUCUAUCUAUCUAUCUCAGACUACUGUUCCUAUCUAUCUAUCUAUCUAUCUAUCUAUCUAUCUAUCUAUCUAUCUAUCUUAGACUAAUUAGAUGCACUAUCUAUCUAUCUAUCUAUCUAUCUAUCUAUCUAUCUAUCUAUCUCAGUCUAUUCUUAUAUCUAUCUAUCUAUCUAUCUAUCUAUCUAUCUAUCUAUCUAUCUAUCUAUCUAUCUAUUUCAUCUGUUUAUAUCCAUCUAUGUAUCUAUCUAUCUCAGUCUAUUCAUAUCUAUCUAUCUGUCAGUCAGUUCUUAUCUAACUAUCUAUCUAUCUAUUUAUCUAUCUAUCUAAAUCUGUUCUUAUCCACCCAUCUAUCUAUUUAUAUCUAUUUUAGUCUGUUUCUAUCUAUCUAUCUAUCUAUCUAUCUAUCUAUCUAUCUAUCUAUCUAUCUAUCUCAGUCCACUUAUAUCUAUCUAUCUAUCUAUCUAUCUAUCUAUCUAUCUAUCUAUCUUCUUCAUAUGACUAUUGGUUCAGUCCUUGGCCCCCGCUCCUUUUUCAGUCCUUGCCCCCACUUCUUUUUUAGUCCUUGCCCCCCUUCUUUUUCAGUCCUUGGCCCCCUUCUUUUUUCAGUCAGUCCUUGCACCCCCUGCUUCUUUUUCAGUCCUUGCACCCCCGCUUUUUUUCAGUCCUUGGCUCCACCUUCUUUUUCAGUCCUUGCCCCCUUCUUUUUUCACUCUGUGCCUCCCCUUCUUUUUCAGUCCUUGCCCCCCCACGCUUCUUUUUCUCAUUUUUUACAAUUUACCAAAUCUAUUUUAUAUGGGAAACUUCUAAAUGAGGUAUCUAUCUAUCUCAGUCUAAUCAUAUCUAUCUAUCUCAGUCUAUUCGUAUCUAUCUAUCUAUCUAUCUAUCUAUCUAUCUAUCUAUCUAUCUAUCUAUCUAUCUAUCUCAAUUUCUUCAUUAUCUAUUUAUUCUUCUGUCCAUAUCUAUCUAUCUAUCUAUUUAUCUAUCUAUCUAUCAAUAUAUCUAUCUAUCUCAGUCUGUUCAUAUCUAUCUAUCUAUCUAUCUAUCUAUCUAUCUAUCUAUCUAUCUCAAUUUCUUCAUUAUCUAUUUAUUCUCUAUCUCAUUCUAUUCAUAAUUAUCUAUAUAUCUUUCAUUCUUGGUUGAUACCCUAUCUAUCUAUCUAUCUAUCUAUCUAUCUAUCUAUCUAUCUAUCUAUCUAUCUAUCUAUCUUAUAA